AACCAAUCAGAGAUGACUUUUAACGCAUGGAACCGCCAGUUCCAUCGUACCAUUGGCCGGCCGGCCGAAACCCUGAGGAGGAGCUGAAUGAAAGAGGAGAGCUCCUUAAACAAAAGGCUGCUUGUGUUAGACGGAGGCGCUCAGAAGCUGCUGUGAUGUUGCUGUAGAGUAGAUCUGUUCGGUCUGACUGUAGUUUAGUGUCUUGCUUUGAGCAGAGGAGGCUGAAAGUGCAUGAUGGCGCCAUGCUCUCUGCCUGUAGGCUUUCCUGAGGCUCCCUCCCUCUCUUCAGUCUCUUCAGUCUUUCCCCUCCUUUCAUCCAGACCCCCUUAAUGUCCAUCCCACCUCUUCAGUUCAUUCUGUGCAGAACACUGUUAGAACAAAACACACUGUAGAUUUUAGGUUCACAGGCUAUAUAGCUUUGUAUUUUCUGUUGUUAUUCAUGAAAAAAAAAACGUUGGAUUAGGAACUUUUUCGCUCUAUUCAACACUCAGACUUAGAGUACCCUUAAUAGUGAUUAAAGCCAUUACUGUAAUUUAAUAGUGAUCAAAGUCAUGCAUAAUUACACUGUGGAAUUAACUACACUUUCCCCAGUCAUAUAGAUCAAAAGCUGAAGCACAUAAAAUUCUUCAUGACUUUCAUGAUCCUGUUAGUCGAUUAGGAGUGCUAAAGUUCAGGCUCACUGUGGUCCACAGAUUCUAGUUCCUACACUUCUAAAUUUAAGUGUUAAUGCUGAUAACGUAGCUUACUGUGCUGCUUCUGUUCUCACAGUAACACAGAGAUGUUGUUUGCAGCUGAAUUGAGAGCAUUUAAUCUAAAUAAAACACAACGAGGGACUGGUUUCCCACAAGCAGUGUUAAAAAGACCAUUAGAAACCAGUUAUUCUACUGAUUUUAAAAGUUUUAACUGACAGACAGACCUAUAUAGAGACAGACAGACAGAUAUAGAGACAGACAGAGAGACGUUUAAAGAGACAAACAGAUAUAGUGAAACAGACCAAUAUAGAGACAGACAGACAGAUAUGUAGACAGACAGAGAGACUUUUAAAGAGACAAACAGAUAUAGGGAAACAGACAGAUAUAGAGACAGACAGACAGAUAUGUAUAAAGACAUACAGAUAUAAGGACAUGCAGAUAUAGAGACAUACAUAUAGACAUAUAGAGACAGACAGACAGAUAUAGAGACAGACAGAGAGACAGACAAAUAUGGAGACAGAGAGACAGCUAUAGAGACUGACAGACAGAGACAGAUAAAGAGACAGACCAAUAUAGAGACAGACAGAGAGACAGACAAAUAUGGAGACAGAGAGACAGCUAUGGAGACUGACAGACAGAUACAGAGAGACAGACAGACAGAUUUAGAGAUAUUUUUUUCGAUUUUGCAAAAUGUGUAUACACAUAAGAAAGAAAGAAAAGAAAAAAACAAAUCAAUCAUAGAUCAUCAUAAUCAUCAGAUUUAUUGCAUAUUUAAUAAAGUAUACCUUGUAAUGAUAUUACAAUACAUUCAAUUACUUAGUGUUUUAAGUUUGCAUUAGUUUUUCAUUGGAGUGACAUAAACAUCCAUCAUUUGUUACCUAAAACUUAAGGAAACCAUUCAGUGAUGAGGAUAAUCUGUAAAUUUUAUGGCGAUUAAGUUUUCUUUUUCUUAAUUGGAAAAUUCCUUUAGGAUCAAGUCAUUUGUUAGAGAAAGAGUCAAAGUCACACCAUCGUUACUGUUCUACAAAUAUCCUGUAAAAUAGGAGAGAAAAGACUAGAAAACAAUAGAAGUACUCAGAUUUCAUUAUGAGUGGACCAAUAGAAUUGCUCCAAAAUUACUUAGAUUCAACUUUUUUCUCUUUCCUGUAAAAUAACCAUAUAGGAGAUUCGAGAUAUUUAUAAGAAACAACUUUUUUUUUUAGAGCAGCAGUAUGUAUUGAAUAUUAGGAGGUAGUUUAACUUUAAUCAGUGAGUUUAGCAGCAGUAAUAUCAAAUACAGCUCUGGAAAAGAAAUUAAGAGACCACUUACUUCCAUUUCUGAAUCAGUUUCUCUGAUUUUGCUGUUUAUAGGUUUAUGUUUGAGUAAAAUUAACAUUGUUGUUUUAUUCCAUAAACAAAUAAAAAUAUUUCAUUCAGAGCAUUUAUUUGCAGAAAAUGACAAACAACAAAAAACAAAAAAGAUGCAGAGCUUUCAGACCUCAAAUAAUGCAAAGAAAACAAGUUCAUAUUCAUAAAGUUUUAAGAGUUCAGAAAUCAAUAUUUGGUGGAAUAACCCUGUUUUUAAUCACAGUUUUUAUGCAUCAUGUUCUCCUCCACCAGUCUUACACACUGCUUUUGGAUAACUUUAUGCUGCUUUACUCCUGGUUCAAAAAUUUCAGUUCAGUUCAGUUUGGUGGUUUGAUGGCUUGUGAUCAUCCAUCUUCCUCUUGAUUAUAUUCAUCCAGAGGUUUUCAAUUUGGUGAAAUCAAGGAAACUCAUCAUUUUCAUUUGCUCUCUUUUUUUUAAUCCAGAGCUGUAUAUUUAAAAAAAAGUUUACAGUGUGAAAGUGUGAUAACAGUAGAAGGUUAUGGGAUAGAGAACAGUGCAUGUCAUUUUCUUGGAUUUUGGGAAACCAGUCUCUCGUAUGUGUAAAAUCUCUGCGUAUCGUAAAUGUUGAAGAGCUGUAGGAGUGUAUGAUUAGUUUUUUUUGAAUAUGUCUGAUUAUGUGAGAGAGGAAUAAAUCAGUCCAGUAGUCUGGAGAGAGCAUUAAAGCACCGCUCUAUAGGAUUCUGUUACUAAUGGUCUCUCUUUCUUUUGAUUCAGGCCAUGAACUUGGAUCAGGCCUCCAAAGACAAGGCUCUUCAGAACAUGGCGGCGCUCUCCUCGGCACAGAUAGUGUCUCCAAAUCUGAUCAAGAGUCAGCUUCCCCAACUGCCCCAGCCGCCGUACCCCCCGCCCGCUUUAGCCCCCGGCUCGAGGUUUUGGCCGACUCCAAUCCCAGGACAACCUGGACCCUCUCAGGACAUCAAGCCUUUUGCACAGACCUACACAAACCUACCCGGACCUGUUCCGCCUCCAAUAUCUGCCUACGAGCCGCUGGCUCCCCCGCUCGCGCCGUCGGCCACUGCCGUGCCGGUGUGGCAGGAUCGCACCAUUGCCUCCUCUAAGCUGCGCAUGCUGGAGUACUCCGCCUUCAUGGAGGUUCCUCGAGACCAGGACAGCUACAGCAAACAUCUGUUUGUGCACAUCGGGCAGACCAACCCCUCCUACAGUGACCCCCUGCUGGAGGCGGUGGACAUCCGACAGAUCUAUGACAAAUUUCCUGAGAAGAAGGGAGGGCUGAAGGAGCUUUAUGAAAAGGGCCCCCAGAACGCCUUCUUUCUGGUUAAAUUCUGGGCGGAUCUGAACAGCAGUGAUAUGCAGGACGGACCCGGGUCUUUCUAUGGCGUCAGCAGUCAGUACUGCAGCACUGAGAACAUGACCAUCACCGUCUCUACUAAAGUCUGCUCCUUUGGGAAGCAGGUGGUGGAGAAAGUGGAGACGGAGUAUGCAAGAGUAGAGGGUGGGAAGUGUGUGUACAGGAUCCACCGCUCGCCCAUGUGUGAAUACAUGAUCAACUUCAUCCACAAGCUCAAGCACCUGCCUGAGAAAUACAUGAUGAACAGCGUCUUAGAGAACUUCACCAUUUUACAGGUGGUGACCAACAGGGAAACGCAGGAGACCCUGCUAUGCAUAGCGUUUGUAUUCGAGGUGUCGACUAGCGAACACGGGGCGCAGUAUCACGUCUACCGGCUCAUUAAAGACUAGCCCCGCCCCGCGAGCAGGGGCUUCGCCAGUGGACGACUCGUCUGCGCUUUGUGCAAUCCUGCCACAGACUGUCCAGACGUCAGAGCGAUACAGCAGCAUGUUGGCGAGAGCGGGCGGGUUUUCGUCUCUGUACUGAUCCGGGUUUACUGUAAGUGGACGGAGGCUUGAGCGGAGGGGCGUGGAGGAGGAAAUGAGAAGUGUAGUAUUGCUCUGUUAAAGGACAAACUUUUUUAUAUGUAUUUAAAUGCCUUAAAAACAAAAUGGGUCACAUAGGUUGUUUUCUGUUUUUUUUUUUUUUUUUUCGGUCGUGUUACGACAAAUUCUACGUCUUUUAAUGCUUUUUUUUUGUUGUACUUGUCUUCACUGAGGGACUAUGAAUGUUGUAAGCGUUGGCAGGAAGAAAGGAAGGAAGGUUUUUUAAUAAUGGAAGACAAUAUGUAUGUCCUCAGCAGGUGCACAGUGCGUACUAGAAGUAAGGACCAGGUCCUCAACAAGAGGGUACGAGAAAUGUUUAAUAAAGGGCAGGUCUGCUGAAAAUAUGCUGCAGGUGAGGACAUAAUGUAUAUUAUAUACAUAAUUGUGCAUCUUAAAAAAUUAGAAUAUCCUUAAAAAAAUUACUUUACUUCAGUUAUUCAGUUUAAAAUGUGAAACUCUAUAUAUAUUAUGUAGAUGUAUUAAACACAGAGUGUUUAUUUGUCUAUUUUAAGCGUUUAUUUCUUUUAUUGCUGAUGAUGAUAAUGGCUUACAGCCAAUUAAAACCCAAAAAUCAGUAUUUCAGAAAAUUUGAAUAUUAUAUAAGACCAAUUGGUACUUUUGGGAGACGCUGAUCCUUUGAUUUCCAUAUUAAUGUAAAAUGUACUAAUGGGCAGUGAUGAAUCUUACAGCACUUCAUGCUUAUGGAGAUGCAGAUUUCAUUUUCCAACAGGACUUGGCACACUGCCAAAAGUACCAAUUGGUCUUAUAUAAUAUUCAAAUUUUUUGAAAUACUGAUUUUUUUGUUUGUUUGUUUUUUUCAUUAGCUGUAAGCCAUAUUCAAUGAAAAAUGAACAAUAAAACAAUAAAUGAAAAAAGGCUUAAAAUAGAUCACCCUGUGUUUAAUACAUCUAUAUAAAAUAUGAGUUUCACAUUUUGAACUUGAAUUAAUAAAAUAAAGUAACUUUUUCAAUGAUAUACACAUUUUUUUUUUUAAAUUGAGAUGCAUCUAUAAAAUAUAAAACCAUCUUAAACGUUCCCUCAGAACCGUUUUU